UCUUUGUUCCCACAACCAUGCCUGGCAUCAUUGGUGGUCUUUUAAAAUGUUAUCGGGUUAAGAAGUUGCUUGUAACAAUUGCUUGUUUGCUCGAUGUUGUGUUAAACCUGAUUUAUUGGAUUUAUGUGAGAUGUUAAUAUCUUAAGAGGAGUGACAAACCCUUUGUUUCUCAAUGGCAGACGGUCUGCCUUCAGGAUUACUGGAAGCAUGUGUCAUUGUUGGACUUUCGCAUGACAAACUGAAGGAGCUGUCCCAGUCUUUGCUGCAGGUGAAUGGAAGUCCUUUACCUCGGCUCGAUCCUGAGGUCAUACAGGUCUAUGCACCUCCGUUUGUGUUUAACGUCAGUGAACCAGCCGUGGGAAAUUUCAUCCAGACUCAGCUACGAUGCUCCUUCAUUAAGAAGAAAACUGAUAGGCCUGUUAUUAACACUGGAAACCCCAAGGACGAAAUCACAGAGGAUGUCAGUGUUCCCAAAGACCUGGAUCUGGUGGCUCUGCCACAUCUUUGCUUUCCAGGAGGGCUUCAGGUAACUCAGGAGCAAAAGGUGGAGCAGUUUCACUUCCUAGUCUUCACUGAUGUGUUUGGAAACCAGUCUCAUGGAGUAGUUCUCCAGUACUAUAGUUCAAUACAGGAAGAGAUGCUGUAUUUGAAUGGACACCAGUCUUCACAACUCUACACUGCUUACGCGAUAUGUGUUAUAUCAAAACACCCAUAUUACAAUGCUCUCAAGGACUGUCUGUCCAGCCUCUUAGGGCAGCUCAAAAUCUGCCAAAUGACUAAUAUGGAAGAGCAAGUGAAGGAGUUCUCUGCUAAACUGGCUCUGGUCCCAGUUCCUCCUCCUGGUCAGCUGCAUGUGAUGUUCACCUUGCAACCUCUGACCAUUGUCCUUCCAUCCAAAGAAGAUAAAAAUCAUCCUGUCAUUGACCUAGACUUGCAUCUUCCAUUCCUCUGCUUCAAUUCCAGAGAGCUGCUGCAGAUCAUAGCCAGUAUACUCACAGAGCAGCGUAUGGUGUUCUUUUCCUCGGACUGGUCCAAACUGACCCUGAUUGCUGAAUGUUUCAUGCUCUAUAUUCGGCCCCUGCGCUGGCAGCACCCACUGGUGCCCAUAUUGUCUCGUCAGAUGCUUGACUUCAUUAUGGCUCCGACUGCCUUCCUCAUGGGAUGCCACAUCAGCCACUAUGAGGAAGUUGCCAUGGAAGCUGAUGACCUGAUUCUGAUCAAUAUUGAUGAGGGAACUGUGUCCUGCUCUUGCUGUCAUUACUUUGACGUCCCAGACACCCCACAGGCAGCUGCUCAGAGUUUCAAGAGUCGAAGGAAAGGUCUUCAAUUACACUAUGACCUGGAAGUGGUUCAUCAGAGCAUCUGUGGAGAUCUUAAUGAGCUUCGGAUGCAGAGAAGACUCUGGCAACACAGACUCAAUUUGGAAAUACAAAACAUCAUCCUGGAGCUUAUCGUUAACAUGUUUAGAGAUGUCAGGAAUUACCUUAAUUACGAACACAGAGUUUUUAACACUGAUGAGUUUCUCAAGACCAGGGAGCCAGAGGACCAACCAUUUUAUAAAAAAGUCAUGGAAACACACAUUUUCCACUCCUUCUUGAAAGAACGUUUGAAUGGAAAGAUGGAUACAUUUACCCGAAUGGAGCGUAGUAUUCAGACAGACGACCAAAAUAGAUUGAAGCGAUCAGUGGAUUACUCUCGCAGACCCACCACAAGGGUAAUGAUUCUGAGAGGGGGUUCAUCUGAGAAUGGUCUGACUAAACGUCUGAGCACAAGUCUAGCUAACCUGGAUGAUGUGAAACACCUGAGUGUCCUUAGACCGACGCCGCCAACUAAAAUCUUUCCUGAAAUGCCUCUGAAUACUCCAUCCAGGCCGGUAAAGAUCUUCCAGCUCCCAGAUCUCCCUACUCCCUUUACGUACCCCAACUUGCGCCAUUACUUUGGGGAUCUUAUUCUCCAGCUGAACAAAGCCAUAUCAGCCACCCCACCUGAUGAUUCAUCCCUGCUUGCCAGAUACUUUUACCUCCAUGGCCUCAUCAACAUGCUGAACUCUAAGCGCUUGGAUGCCCUCAGUGACUUUCAGAACCUCUACAAAACAGAUAUUGAGAUUUUUCCAGGAGAGCUGGUAAAGACGCUGGUUGACUCUCUGCAUAUAGAGGAGAGAGUCGAGGCACUGAAGAGAUCUGAGCUCAAACGGCUCAUCUGUCAGGUAAAGAACAAUGAAAAGAGCGAGCAUAUGGAAUCAGACUAUAACGUGAAGACGUUCCAGCUGCCCAAGGCCCCCAUGCAGUUAGAGGAGUUUGUGAAAUAUACUCAGGAAUCGGGCAUUGUGCGGGAUGUGGCUACCACACAGAGAUUGUUUGAAGCUCUCACUGUUGAUGGGCAGAAGGAGAUUGAUCCAGAGAUGUUCAGAGUGUUUUACACCUUCUGGAAAGAGACUGAGGCAGUAGCACAGGAGGUUCUCUUGCCUGCCAGUGUCCUGGAAUGCCUGGACAACAAUGAGUGUGUGUACAAGCUGUCCAGCUCUGUGAAGACCAGUUAUGGUGUUGGUAAAAUCGCCAUGACUCAGAAGAGGCUCUUUCUGCUGACCACAGGCAAACCUGGAUAUGUUGAGAUCACCAAGUUUAGGGACAUUGAGGAGGUGAAGAUCUCCAUUGCUCCAUUCCUGCUUUUGAAGGUCCCAUCUCUAAAGAUCAAGAACAGCCUGAGGAAAGAGAUAUUCGAGGCUAAUUUAAAAUCAGAGAGUGAACUGUGGAGCCUGAUGAUCAAGGAGAUGUGGGCUGGCAGAAUGAUGGCAGACAACCAUAAGGACCCCCAGUAUGUGCAGCAAGCACUGACCAACGUCCUGCUUAUGGAUGCAGUGGUGGGUUGUUUACAGACACAGAAGGCCGUUUAUGCUGCCUCCAAACUGGCCUAUAAUGAAAAGCUACGACAAGAAGUCCCCAUGAUCAUCCCCAGACCCACAGCAGAGACUCUGAAACACAAGAUCAACCCAUCCCAGAACAUGACGAACCCUCAGUCUGUCGAUGUCUUGCUAUACACUCCAGGCCACCUAACUUUCUGCGACAGUGAUGUGGAUAGAAGCCCUAAGCUCUGGUGUGCUCUCGGCUGUGGGAAAGUGGUUGUGUUUGAUGCUGUCAGUUGGUCCCUAAAGCAAAACUGCAUUCAUUUAGGAAAUUCUCGACUGAACUGCAUGAUGGGAUUGGACCAGGAGCAGGUGUGGAUUGGUUCUCAGGACUCUGUCAUUUACAUAAUCAACACUCACAGUAUGCUGUGUCAUAAACAGCUGACCGAGCACCAUCGAGAGGUCACAGACUUUGCCCUGGAGAAACUGAGCCCUGAGAACAGAUUAAGCCAAGCGCAGGUGUAUUCCUGUAGUGCAGAUGGCACUGUGAUUGUUUGGGACGUCCCCUCUCUGAAGGUAAAGAGGCAGUUUCAUCUGCCCUGUGACAGACUGCAGUCCAUUCAAGUUCACAGUGAUGCCUUAUGGUGUGGUGCCAGGGAUUGUGUGAUGAAGCUGACACCGAAUGGUGCUGUGCUUCAUAAGAUUCCCCUCCCGGACCAUAUGAAAACCACAGCCAGUGCCUUCAGCAGAGUCACACUCCUUAUGGAGAGAAGACAGAUCUGGACAAGUUUCACAGACUCAGCAGAGCUUUGUAUAUGGGACUCCAGUGACCCCGUCAAACCACCCAAACGGGUCACACUCCCCAGUUGCAGUGAGGUCACCUGUAUGAUCAGAGUAAAAAAGCAGGUCUGGAUUGGUUGUAGUGGUGGGUCAGGCCUCAGUAAGGUUGUGGGGAAGAUCUUAAUGUUGGAUUCUGAGAGCCUGGAAGUUGAGAAGGAGCUUGAGGCCCAUGAAGACAUUGUUCAAACGCUGUUCUCAGCAGAGGACCGAUACAUACUCAGUGGCUCUGCAAAACUUGAUGGCAAAAUCGCCAUCUGGAGAGUAGAUUAAACAAGCUGAGAAUUUAAAAUUAAGAGUUUAAGGUCUUAGUUUCACCUAGCUUCAUUUGAUUCUUGGAAGAUAAAGGAGAUGAAAGGGAGAUUUAUUUUCUUCAGUUUCGAAAAUAUUGUAUACAAAAUGCGCACUUGUAUUAUUUCAUAUGUUCUUCACAUUCUCUCUAACUAUCUGUUCAGUUUAAUGAAUUGCCUUUUGUCAUGUAACCCCAUCAGGAUGUGGUGAGUAGAGCUGCUACUGGUUUUGAUUGGAGUUAGCCAGUGAUGGCACUAUGGGAGCUAACUAGAGUAACCAGCAGGUUGCAAAUACUUAAUCAAGCCUGUUAAGGGAGUCAACCGACUACUACAAGGCUGUUUGUAUAAAUAGUCCUACAUCUCAUAUAGUUCAGCAUUUGAGACCUACUAAUUGCUCAUUAGAUGUCAUUCCCUCUUUUCUUCUUCUCCAGGUUCUGGAUGUUGUAGUCCCAAGAAUUUUAUGUUUCAUAAAUAGCAGUCUAGCAAAUGGUAUAGUCCCAUCUUGUUUAAAGCAUGCUAUAAUACACCCAAUUAUUAAAAAGCCUGGACUUGAUCCUUUAGUUUUUUGUAACUAUCGCAAGGUUUCAAAGUUGCAUUUUAUUAUCUAAAAUUUUUGAAAAGCCUAUUUAUGCUCAGCUGCACUUUUUUUUAAAUAAAAAUUCAAUUUUUGAUAAAUUUCAGUCAGGUUUUAGGUUUAAACACAGAACAGAGUCUGCUCUUUUAAAAGUGAACAAUGUUUUUACUUUCUGUUGACUCAGGUAAGGUUCUGGUCUGGUUCUCCUUGACCUUACGGCAGCAUUUUAUACAACUGAACAUGAAAUGCUUUUGAAGGGUUUAAGUCAGUAGGUAGGAAAAUGCCGUUAAAUUGUUUUCUUCUUAUUUAAAGGACAGAAGUUCUGUAGUACAAUUACUAUAGAAAUCAUUCCUCUGAUUCUGCAGUUUGUGUUUGUGGGGUUCCUCAGGGGUCAGUUCUGGGGCACAUAUUGUUUUCUUUGUAUAUGCUACCACUUGGCCUUAUAUGUCGAAAAUAUAAUGUGCAGAUGACACUCAACUGUAUCUUCCGUUGAAGGCAGAUGAUGGCAUCUGCAUUAAAUGCUCUGAUGAACUGCUUAAGUGACAUUAAACUAUUAUACUUAAUGAAGAUAAAACGGAAAGCCUAGUGUUUGGCUCCAUUAUGUCACCCACACAUAUACUAGGCCCUCUUCACUGUAAAAAAUAAAAACAGAAAAUAAAAACUGGUAAUUUUCUGCCAGGACAUUAUCCAGUAAUUUUACGGAAAUUUCUGUUAACCCUAAAACACAACACAAUGUAAUGCGUAAUUCAAAAUACAGGUAAAACACCAAUAUAGAAAGUGGUGAAGGCUGGUUUCUUUCAUUUAAGGUGCAUUGCAAAAAUAAAAGCCUUUUUGCUUUUUAAUGACUUGAAGCAGGUUAUACAGGCCUUUAUAUUUUCAAGUUUGGACUUCUGUAAUUCUUGUUCUGUUGAACCGCCUUCAACUUUUACAGACUGGGACCAAAAAGCAGGUCAGUGUUGCAUUGGCUUCUAGUUAAUUUCAGGGUGCAGUUAAGGUUUUAAUAUUUGUUUUUAAGGCCUUGCAUGGCCUAGCUCCCAAAUAUAUUUCGGAUCUUCUCCAGCUUUACCAAACAACAAGGCCACUGAGGUCAUCUCAAACAUUAAUUUUAAAGGUCCCCAAAUCUCAUCCCCGGGAUCGUGCUUUCUCUGUUGCUGCACCCCGCAUCUAAAAUAAGCUACCUUUGGAAAUAAGAUGAUGUACUACAUUGGGUCAUUUUAAAUCACGUCAAGUCAAGUCACCUUUAUUUAUAUAGCGCUUUUUACAACUGGUACAUUGUUUGACUGCACAGCAGCUCUUAAAGAAUAGUGUCAAUGCAGGCAGAUCAAAAGCACUGUUGAAUAUCAAAAUGUCAAGUCAAGUGUCCCCAACUAAGCAAGCCAGAGGCGACAGCGGCAAGGAACCCAAACUCCAUCAGGUGACAUCAGGUGGCAGACAAGUGGCAAAUUGGUGUUAAAAUGGAGAAAAAAACCUUGGGAGAAACCAGGCUUAGUCGGGGUGCCAGUUCUCCUCUGGCCAACAGUGCUUUGUUACAAUUCAGGUUGCUAUCAUAAGUCCAAUAGGAUCGCAACAUUAAAAGUAUUUAUUUCAGUUCCAUCCAAUUGAGGAUCGUAUUCAUCACGCCGGUAUGGACGGUUGUUGAGGAACUGUGUCGUGGCUGUCGUGUCGAUGAGGCCUUCACAGGGGAUGAUCUAGUUGACUCAAUCUCUGCUGAUACUUCAGGGCUGCGUUGUGGUCGUGUCAAGGUGCAGGUCCUUGGUCUCACCUGGAUACGGCCCGGAUCCGGUUGACUACGGUGAACCUCGGGAUAAACAGAAAGACUAAUAUUAGCGUAGAUGCCAUUCUUCUUCUGAUGUAACGAGUACAUCAGGUGUUAUAGGAAGUGUUCCCGGUUCCGGCUGACCUAAUUUAUGCAGCCUAAUAAUCCUUUAACGGAUUUGGAAAUAUAAAUUGGUAAUGUGUUAUGUGUAUGCCAGGUUAAAGAGAUGUGUUUUUAGUCUAGAUUUAAACUGACAGAGUGUGUCUGCUUCCCGAACAAUGCUAGGAAGAUUGUUCCAGAGUUUAGGUGCCAAAUAGGAGAAGGAUCUACCACCUGCAGUUGAUUUUGAUAUUCUAGGUAUUAUCAGCUGGCCUGAAUUCUGAGAUCGCAAUAGACGUGAAGGACUAUAAUGAAUUAGGAGCUCGCUCAGGUACUGGGGAGCUAAACCAUUUAGUGCUUUGUAAGUAAUUAGCAAGAUUUUAAAAUCUAUACGAUGUUUAACAGGAAGCCAAUGCAGUGUUGACAGAACUGGGCUAAUAUGGUCAUACUUCCUGGUUCUAGUAAGAACUCUAGCUGCUGCAUUUUGUACGAGCUGUAGUUUAUUUAUCAGGCGAGCAGAACAACCACCCAGUAGAGCGUUACAGUAAUCUAGCCUUGAGGUCAUGAACGCAUGAACUAACUGUUCUGCAUUUUUCAUUGAGAGCAUAUGUCGUAGUUUAGAUAUAUUUUUAAGAUGGAAGAAUGCGGUUUUACAGAUGCUAGUAACAUGGCCUUCAAAUGAAAGAUUGGUAUCAAAGAGCACACCUAGGUUCCUAACUGACGACGAAGACUUAACAGAGCAGCCAUCAAGUGUUAGACAAUAUUCUAGGUUAUUACGUGAAGAAGUUUUUGGUCCAAAAAUUAGAAUCUCUGUUUUUUCUGAAUUUAGUAGUAGGAAAUUACUGGUCAUCCAAUUUUUUAUAUCAGCUAUGCACUCCGUUAAUUUUGUGAAUUGGUAAGUUUCGUCAGGGCGCGAAGAAAUAUAGAGCUGAGUAUCAUCAGCGUAACAGUGAAAACUAACGCCAUGCUUCCUAAUGAUAUCUCCCAAGGGUAGCAUGUACAGAGUGAACAGUAACGGUCCUAGUACUGAGCCUUGUGGUACUCCAUAUUGAACUUGUGAUCGAUAUGACAUGUCUUCGUUUACUACUACAAACUGAUAACGGUCAGAUAAGUAUGAUUUGAACCAUGACAAUGCAAUUCCACUAAUGCCAACAUAAUUUUCGAGUCUAUUUAAAAGAAUAUUGUGAUCAAUAGUGUCAAAUGCUGCACUAAGAUCCAGUAACACUAAUAGAGAGAUACAACCACGAUCUGAUGAUAAGAGCAAAUCAUUAGUAACUCUAAUGAGAGCAGUCUCAGUACUAUGGUACGGUCUAAAUCCUGACUGGAAAUCCUCACAGAUACCAUUUCUUUCUAAAAAGGAACAUAGCUGUGAUGAUACUGCCUUUUCUAGUAUUUUUGACAGAAAAGUGAGAUUUGAGAUCGGCCUGUAAUUGACUAAUUCUCUAGGAUCAAGUUGUGGUUUUUUAAUAAGAGGUUUAAUAAUAGCCAGCUUAAAAGUUUUUGGUACGUAUCCUAAUGAUAAAGAUGAAUUGACGAUAUUGAGAAGAGGGUCUAUGACCUCUGGAAGCAUUUCUUUCAAUAGCUUAGUCGGUAUAGGGUCUAACAUACAUGUUGUUGAUUUUGAUGAUUUAACAAGUUUAGACAAUUCUUCCUCUCCUAAAGCAGUAAAUGAAUUGAAUUUUUCCUCAGGGACACUACAAUGCACUAUCUGACACGAUACUGUAGUAGACGGUUGCAUGGUUAUUAUUUUUUCUCUAAUAUUAUCAAUCUUGCAAGUAAAGAAGUUCAUAAAGUCAUUACUGCUGUGCUCUUUGGAAACAUCAGAAGUUGAAGCUUUAUUUCUUGUUAAUUUAGCCACUGUAUCAAAUAAAUACCUAGGGUUGUGUUUAUUUUCUUCUAAGAGUUUUGAAAAAUAGGCAGAUCUAGCAGAUUUUAAGGCCUUUCUGUACUCAAUCAUUCUCUCUCUCCACGAAAUACGAAAUACUUCUAGUUUUGAUUUCUUCCAGCUGCGCUCCAUUUUUCUGGCUGCUAACUUUAGGGCCCGAGUGUGGUCAUUGUACCAUGGCAUUGGAUUAAUUUCCUUAAUCUUUUUUAAACGCAAAGGAGCAACUGAGUCUAAUGUGCUGGAAAAGACAGAGGCAAUAGUUUCUGUUGCAACAUCGAGGUCUUCUAAGCUGUCUGGUAUGCUAAGGCGAUGAAAAUGAUCAGGAAGAUUAUUUAUAAAGCAAUCUUUAGUGGUAGAAGUGAUGGUUCUACCAUAUUUAUGGCAUGGAGGCAGUUUAGCCGCCUUGACUAAAUGUAGUAUACACGAGACUAGAUAAUGAUCUGAGAUGUCGUCACUCUGCUGCAGAAUUUCAACAGCAUCAAUAUCGAUUCCAUGUGACAAUAUUAGAUCUAAAGUAUGAUUAUGACAAUGAGUGGGUCCUGACACAUGUUGUCUAACACCAAUAGAGUUUAGAAUAUCUGCAAAUGCCAAUCCUAAUGCGUCUUUUUUAUUAUCUACAUGAAUAUUAAAAUCACCAACAACAAGGACUUUACCUGCAGCUAGUACUAACUCUGAUAGAAAGUCAGCAAAUUCUUUGAUAAAGUCUGUAUUGUGUCCUGGUGGCCUGUAUACAGUAGCCAGCACAAAUGUCAACUUACAUAAUGUUACGUAAAGUACCAUAGUUUCGAAGGAAUUAUAUUUGAAAGACUUCUGGCUAAUACUGUAAAUAUUACUAUAGAUUACAGCAACACCUCCCCCUUUGCCUUUCUGACGGGCAUUGUGUCGAUAAUCAUAACCUUGAGGACUAGACUCAUUUAAAGUAAUGUAAUCGUACGGUUUUAGCCAAGUUUCUGUCAAACACAGCACAUCUAGAUUAUUAUCUUUGAUAAUAUCAUUAACAAUAAGUGAUUUUGAAGAAAGGGAUCUAAUAUUUAACAACCCGAGUUUUAUCAUUUGUUUAGCAUUAUUAUCUCUAUUUUUUAUUUGUUGAACAUCAAUUAAAUUUUUACCAUUAAAUGGGUUUGGAAGUUUUUUUGUUUUUACUAAUUCGGGGUACAGACACAGUCUCUAUUUGAAAAUAUCUAGGUGUAAGAGUUUCUAUGUGUUGAGAGUUAUCUGAAUUUUCUGACUUCUGUAACGUGAGGCAGCUAGCAGACGGUCGGUUUAGCCAGUUUGUCUGCUGCUUUCUGACCUGGGCCCCAGUUUGUCAUGUUUCAGUUCUAAGACUAUGUGCCAUAUUACUAGAGAGAAGAGCAGCACCAUCCCGGGAGGGAUGAAUACCAUCUCUUUUUAACAGGUCAGGUCUGCCCCAAAAACUUUUCCAAUUAUCUAUGAAACCUAUAUUAUUUUGCGGACACCACUUAGACAGCCAGCCAUUGAGUGAUGAUAAUCUGCUAACUAUCUCAUCACUCCGACGAACAGGAAGGGGGCCAGAGCAAAUUACUUCUCCUGACAUUGUACUUGCGAGUUCACACACCUCUUUAAUGUUAAUUUUAGUGAUCUCCGACUGGCGAAGUCGAACAUCAUUAGUGCCGACGUGAAUAAUAAUCUUAGAGUAUUUACGAUUAGCAUUAGCCAGCACUUUUAAAUUUGCUUUGAUGUCAGGUGCUCUGGCUCCCGGCAAACAUGUGACUAUGGUGGCUGGUGUCUCUAUUUUCACGUUCCGUGUAAUAGAAUCGCCAAUAACUAGGGCACGUCUGAGGAUGCAUUUACUUGCCCAGGCAUAUGGCUGAGUUAGCAGUUGAUUACACCUUGCUUUACUGUUGUCUUGUGUUUUAAUGUAUUUUUGGUUUGGUCUUUUAUGUUUUUGGUUCUUUGUUA